AUGGCUGAUCUUAAUGAAGACAUGGCUGAAAUCAUUUUCCAAGGUUUGGCUUUCACCCUUAAUGCUCUAACAGUCGGCAUCAUCAUUACGAUCAAGAAGAUGAGAAAGCGCCAGAAUAUUUUCACCUGCAACAUCGCCUUGGCUGAUGGACUUUCAGCUUUACUUGUGAUCGUUGCAAAAGGGCUGUUAUACCAAGGUGUUCUGUACAGAGGGGUUCUGUGGAUCCUCCUUUCCUACCGAUCACUAUACUUCAUAGGAAUUUUCAGCACAUUGGCUGUGGCGCUCCACCGCUUCAUCAUCAUUCGUUUCGAUCCCUUCAACAAGCGCAACAUCGUCACAGCGCCUCGCUGUAUCAUCGGUUGUUUCCUUAUUUGGGCCGUACCCUUUGUAACGUUCUUCAGUAUUGAUCUAAGCACGAGUUUGGCAAUCAUCCGACUUGGAUUACCGGCUAUGAUAUUCGCCACAAACGGUAUCUCCACUGCGUGUUAUCUGCUGGUGUACUGGGCCAUUACAAGGGCGGCGCAUGCAGCCGGUUUAUCCGACCGCGCGCUCGUACAACGCUUGCAACAGAAUAGGAGAGUCCUCGUGACUUUUGCGCUUGUUGUGCUAACUAAUAUAGUAUGCUGGACCCCAUACUGCAUAUGUAAUUUCAUAUCCACCGCAAGACCAGACCUGGCAUUCGAUAAUCGUCAAUUCACUCCUUGGUACGGAGUUACUUUCAAGAUUGCGCGCGGAAUGCAGUCCCUUAAUGGCGUUCUGAAUCCCAUCAUUUACUGGAGUCGGUUAACCGAUUUUCGCCAGCUUCUGAAGGAGGUCUGCACAUGUCGUAAGACUGGAGUUAAGGAAACUGCAUCAAGUAUUGCCAACAACAGUAGCGUUGCUGAGACCUCUCUGAGAACAGAGCCUUCGGAAUCUUCUCCUAAUGAGCAGCAUGAAGUCCGAGGUUUGGAUGCAGUACAAGCAAACCAAGUCAGCUAUGUUGUCAACACCUGA